AUGAAGCCUUCAACUGUGGCGCUACUCAUUUUGAUGAACGUGAUGUGCACAAUGGCAUACUUUGAUCAUGCAAGUUUUCUUGGAGCAAAGGCCGAAGAAACCACCUUGCUUAUGAAUUCGUAUGAAAGCAAUGAAGAAACAAGAUUUACGAAGGGCAUAAAUCUUGGAAGGAAGCUGAUGGAUUCCAUUGUUGAUUCAAGCCGCGUCUUUUCAGUCAGUGAUAUCAAUCGCAUAAUGAACCCCGGCCCUCGUCCUUAA